AUGUCCACAAACAUCAAGGUUGUCUGUCGAUUUCGUCCCACCAACUCCAUCGAGCAGCGGGAGGGCGGGGAGACCGUGACUUCCUUUGACGAGAACUUGCAGACUGUUAAUAUCCGCUCAGCACAACUUGGAUCUGGUCCAGAGAGGGAUGGGUUCACGUUCGAUAGGGUGUUCCCUCCGGGUACCAAGCAGCAGGAGGUCUUUGACUACGGAGUCAAGGAUACCGUCAAGGAUGUCAUGGAUGGAUACAACGGCACGGUCUUCGCAUAUGGUCAGACGGGAAGUGGAAAGACGUUCACCAUGAUGGGCGCGGACAUAGACUCCCCUGAACUCAAGGGAUUGAUACCCCGUAUUACCGAACAAAUCUUCCAAUCUAUCGUAGAGUCGGACGCACAUCUAGAGUACCUGGUAAAGGUCUCGUACAUGGAGAUCUACCUGGAGCGUAUUAGGGAUUUGCUCCAUCCUCAGAAUGAUAACCUGCAAGUCCAUGAGGAAAAGUCAAAGGGAGUCUAUGUGAAGAACCUUUCGGAUUACUAUGUUUCGAGCGCACGGGAAGUUUACGAGAUUAUGCGACAAGGGGGUGCCGCGCGUGUGGUCUCAUACACCAACAUGAAUGCCGAGAGUUCUCGUUCUCACUCCAUCUUCCUCAUCACAAUCAACCAAAGGAACACGGAGACUGGUGCUCAAAAGACCGGUAAUCUAUACCUCGUCGAUCUUGCCGGUUCCGAGAAGGUCGGCAAGACAGGGGCGUCUGGCCAGACUCUGGAGGAGGCUAAGAAGAUCAACAAGUCCCUGUCGGCCCUUGGGAUGGUUAUCAACGCACUCACUGAUGGAAAGGCUAAGCACAUUCCAUACCGCGACUCCAAGCUCACACGUAUCCUACAAGAAUCGCUUGGUGGUAACUCGCGCACAACACUCAUCAUCAACUGCUCCCCUUCAUCUUACAAUGAGGCUGAAACGCUCUCCACCCUCCGUUUCGGUAUCCGAGCAAAGUCUAUCAAGAACACCGCUCGCGUCAACGCGGAGCUUUCUCCUCUGGAACUCAAGGCUCUUCUUUCCAAGGCCAAUUCCGCCAAUUCAUCGUACCAGAAGUACAUCGCUGCUUUGGAGGCCGAGCUUUCUAUUUGGCGGGCUGGUGGCUCUGUUGAUCAAGCCGACUGGGCAUCCCCAGAGAAGGCUGGCGCCCCUGCUUCUGCUGCGCCUAAGAAGCCGCCUGUUUCUCCUACACCCUCUGCUACGACCACGCGGAGUCAGACUCCCGUCAACCCUCUUAUCCAGGACUUGCGUGGUGACGUUGACAGCAGGCCGCAGACGCCAACCGUCAUCGGGCUGGACAAGGAUGAGCGCGAAGAAUUCCUCAAGCGCGAGAACGAGCUCAGCGAUCAGCUCGGCGAGCGCGAGUCUGCACUCAAGGCGGCAGAGAAGCUCGUUUCCGAGCUGAAGGAGGAGCUCACGUUCCUGAAGGAGCAAGAAGCGACUCUUUCGACGGAGAACAAGUCUAUGUCGGGUCAACUCAACGACCUCCGACUUCAGGUCGAGCGACUCACCUACGACAACAAGGAGAGCCUCAUCACAAUCGACAUCCUCAAGGAGCAGAGUCAAGACGCGAAGAACGAGCUCGAAGAGUUCAAGAAGACGAUCGCGGAUCUGAAGGCGGCCCAAAAGGAUGCGUCGGCGGAAGAUAAGGAGAAACGCAAGCAGGAGAAGAUGGCGCUCAUGAUGGCGAAGUUUGACUCCCAAGGCACCUUCUCCGAGAAGGACGAGCAACUUCGUGCCAUUUUGGCCAAGUUGGACGCCAUUGACAACGACGAAGGCGUGUCCUCGCUUACGCACGAGGACAUUGUUUCUCUCCGCCGUCGUGUGGGGGACACCCAGACCCUCGUUCGCGAGACCGUCGAUCGCCUUAGGCAGGUGCAGGAGGAGAACGAAAUGCACCAGCGUCGCCGUGACGAGCUUGAGGCGCGCAUCAGCUCUCUGGAGACAGAGUAUGAGGAGCUUCUCGAGAAAACCAUUCAUGAUGAAGAAAACAAGCUCGAGACGCAGUACGCCGCGAAACGCGACGCCCAUGCCGGUGAAGUUCAAGACCUCAAACAACAGCUCGACAUCAAGGGCAGCGAGAUUCGCACCCUCAACGCCACCAUUGAUAGCUUGAAGAGUGUGAACGAGGAGCUGAAGCGGGCGUUCGCAGUGACGUCGGCUGGUAUCGAAGGCGGGAAGAACCUAGCCGAGAGCGCGCAAGACUUGGAGCGCACUCGCAAAGCCAUCAGCGUGCAGCUUGCCGAGUUUGAUGGGGUCAAGAAAUCUCUCAUGCGUGAUCUGCAGAACCGCUGCGAGAAGGUGGUGGAGCUCGAGAUCCAGCUGGACGAGAUCAAAGAGCAGUAUAACAAUGUCAUUCGCAACUCAAACAGCAAGGCGCAACAGAAGAAGAUGGCGUUCCUGGAGCGCAACUUGGAGCAGCUCACCAUUGUCCAGAAGCAGCUCGUGGACCAGAACUCUUCACUCAAGAAGGAGGCGGGGAUUGCGGAGCGCAAGCUGCUCGCGCGCAACGAGCGGAUACAGAACCUCGAGGCUCUCCUCCAAGACGCGGACCGUCGACUGGCGAUGCAGAACCAGAAGUUCGAGGCGCAGCUGCAGGCCGUCAAGGAACGGCUGGACCAGGCACGAGGCAAGUGCCGGUUCAUUAAUUCCCAGAAGGCUGCGUCGGCCUCGCCGUUAAACUUUGGCCGGAUCGCGAAGCCGCUCCGAGGCGGAGGAGGGAGCUCAGCGGCGCCCUCGACCGCCGGCCCGGCAUCGCCGAGCAUGGCGAGUCCCCUGACGCGGAUUCAGAACGAGGACAACGGGUGCGUGGCCGCUCUGCUCGCCUGCUUGCCUGUAUGCUUACCGCGAGCGACGGCUGUCGGAAUACGUUUGUCGUCACAGCACGGGUACGUGACGGAUGCUUUGUACGGGCGCUCGGAUGGGGUACUGACACGCCGCUUUGCAGCCAAACGGCAAUCGUGGUUCAACUUCAACUCGUCGCGAUAG